AUGCCUGGCAUCUUGCCGAUGAAGAUGAUACGAGUGGGGAGCAGCACGCAGAGCAGGAUUGCGCAAGCUUGUGAUAGGUGCAGAAGUAAGAAGAUCCGGUGUGACGGUGUAAGACCAUGCUGUACUCAAUGUGCCAAUGUCGGCUUCGAGUGCAAGACUAGCGACAAGCUGAGUCGCAGGGCUUUUCCCAGAGGUUACACAGAAUCAUUGGAAGAUCGCGUUCGUGGCCUCGAGGCUGAGGUUAGAGAGCUCAAGGAGCUGUUGGACGAGAAGGACGAGAAGAUCGACAUGCUCUCUCGCAUUCACAGUUUCUCACCUCCGUCUCGAAAAUGUUCGGCUUCUUUGUCGCCUUCACAUGCAGCACAGGUAAAGGCCGAAGUUGAGUCGGCAAGGGAAGAAGUGCUGCACGUUGAAAUCCCUGCACCCGUGCAGCCCAAGGCCACCUCGACUGGUUCCUCAACUACGCCUUCCUUCAUCGAGGCGUUUGAUCAAAAAGUCCAAGAAGCUGGCCGACAAACCACUGCCGUCUCCUCGUCGGGCCUUCAGAAAGCUAUUCAGCCCAUUCGUCGAUCCACGGUCCCAGGCCCCAAAGUGCCCCCCAGGAUUCAUUCUGACCAAUAUAUAAAUCUAUUCUUUCAGGAAUGGCAGCCAUUGUUGCCAAUUCUGCAUCGACCAACGUUCCUCCGCGUCUAUGAACAGUAUCUCGCCAAUCCUGAAUCAGGCAACUGGCAGAGUAACAAGCAAGCAUACGCCCAACUAUUCCUAAUCUUUGAGAUUGCGGCCCUUUCCAACAUUUCGACCCCGAAGAAGAGUACUCCGUCUUACGAGGCACAAUGGCGCAAGGCUCUCUACUCGACGUCCUCGAAUGCUUCUUUACCAACACUCCAAUGCCACGUACUAGCUCAGAUCUGUUACAUGCUGCGUGCCGACUACACUCAUCUUGCGCGGCAUCGCGGCAUCGCAAUCACGAUGUGCCACGAGCUAGAGCUCCAUCAAGGACACAAGUACCAGAGCUUAUCACCUCUCGAGGCUGAGACGAGAAAGAAGGUGUUCUGGUGCCAAUAUGUUCUCGACAAGUUCAUAUCCGCUGCCACUGGCACUCCAGUGCUUUUGCGAGAUAGUGACAUAACCACAGAAUACCCAGCCGAUGUCGAUGAUGAGAACCUCAGCACUCAAGGCUUCUCUCCUACCCUUCCUGGUGAAUUGACAAAGAUUUCGAGCGCACUUGCUUUGUUCCGCGUCUCCAGAGUCCUGUCUAAAGCUUUGGACACUCUGUAUCCCGCCAAAGCUAGCUAUCAACUAUCAUUGACCAAACUCCACGCGCUCUCUGACGAGCUUGAUCAAUGGUCAGAGGAACUACCCGAGCACCUUCGCUUGCGAUUCUGCAAUGACAAACCUGCGACGAAUUUGAUAGGGUGCAGAUCGCCGCUAUUGUCCCUUGCCUACUUCUAUACAAGAAGUUUGAUACACCGACCGCUACUCUGUCACGCUUCCGGGAGCGCGUCCUCGGCUGCCGGCAUCGUUUUGGCCGCCGCAGGCAAACACGUCCUUCAGAUCCUUGAUCUUCUUUUAGAGCGCCGCAUGAAUUAUACAUUCCCACUGAACAAGGCCGAUCUAUUGCUGAACUCAGGAUUGGCGAUACUUUGGCAGUCGCUCGAUUUGGAAGAUGACAGCAAGCUUGCUAAAGACAACCAGAAGUCGCUGACGAUGCUCGUUGGCAUGCUACAUUCUGAGAAUGCGCCAGCUGCAGUCGAAUUCCAGAAAAUUGCGGCAUGUUUCAUUGCACUAGAAACACGACCAGCUUCAGUGCAAAGUACAGAACAGAUCACUCCUAGCGCUCAGAGACCCAACUCUACAAUGCCAGCUCCUGCCGAGUCCAAGUCAAAAUCUACUCGGAAGCAGCUACAAGCCAUUGCCUCACGAUGGUCCUCAUUCAGCAACAAAGGGAAGCCCGAAGACCCAGGCCGACGUGCGACUGUGCCCCAGACGGUUCCGACUUCCCUCAGCCCAGCCAAUCGAGCAGCUAGCACUGUUAGCCUUUCCUCCACCCGAUCAGCGCCGAUAUUGCCAGUGGCCACUUCCUCGCCCCGUCAAGUCUCCGCGUCUGGAGCCCUGGGCACCCCGACCAUUAAUUUAGACUAUCUACCGCUUGGCGAUGAGUUUGGUGAUUCGCAAACCAGGACAUCGUCGAGCACGAUGCUGCCUCCAAGGAAACAGCCAACACCUACUCUUCCCGAUUCUGGCUGGGAAACUCUUCUGGACGGUUUCGACCACAACAACCCGGCGAUUUACCAGGACCUACAAGCCGGUAGCCAUUCGCUCUAUCAGAUACCCAGCAAUGAAUGGACUCCAGAUGUGUGGCACCUCUCAGGUAUGGACCUUGCAACAAAAGCACCCGUACCUCAAAGCCUACUCAGCUUUUCCGAGGAAUCGUUGACAAGCGGUGAUGACUUCCUCUUCAGCACUGCUGGGAGUCACAACGGCUCAACGGUCACAGGCGACGGCCUGGAGCUUCCGGAGACUUAUCGAGGUAUCACUAUCCCAGUGGACGAUGAAUUUGAAUUUCAUGAAGUGGAAGCUUGA